AUGUCGCACUCUACAGAAUUCAUGAGACUUGCAAGUCCCAAUGAACGCCGUACCAUUAGUCGCGAAGAUGUAGGCUACUACAACGCGCUCGUCAUAGCCGCAGUUUAUGAGAUUGCGAGUGAAAACAUCGACGUUAAUUCGGCCCAGUCAUUUCUUGCACCUUUGAGACACUGCAUCGAGAAGUACCCAUACCUAAACGUGGUCGUCAGGGACAAGCAUACCGAGAAGCCAGCAUACGAAGCGGUUUCUAGCAUUGAUCUCCACGAUCAUGUGUCUAUAAUUCACGAAGCUCAAGUCAGUAGCGAUGAUGAAAUGGCAACAAUUCAAAAGAUCCUACCAGCCAUACUUGACCGGCCAUGGCCUGCUGAUAUUCCACCUUGGCGAAUCGUGGUCCUCCCUCUGGUGUCGCCAGACUCCACGGUGACGCGAUGCUUUAUCACCUUUGCGUUCUCCCAUGCUCUCGGCGAUGGCAUGGUCGGAGUUGCAUUCCAUCGCACCUUUCUAGAUGCAUGGCGCCAGACUACGGGCGUGGAGGAGAAUGCCUCUUUCUUAGUGACUCCGCCAAGUCAAACGCUUCCGGCACCCUUUGACACUCCCGAAAGGCUUCCCAUAUCCUGGAAGUUUCUCCUCGAGCCGUUGAUAGCAGUUUACUUGCCAAAGUUUUUGGCCAGACUUCUUGGGUUCCGCGCAUCUGCCAGCACGCUAGAUGCCGGUACUUGGAUUGGACCACCCAUGUUCUUUGACCCGACGGCCACCCUCCAGAGCAGAGUAAGACUCCUCGAGAUUGAGGCUCCGCUGGUCCAAACGGCCUUGCAAACGUCAAGAAGUCAUGGCACCAAGCUCACGGCAACGGUGCAUCAGAUGAUUGUUCGGGCGCUAAGCAGGGCCAUUCCUAACCCUGAAGUGACCAAUUUUGUCUCAGGGACGCCUGUCGAUAUGCGAGCGUCUAUCGGGACGCCGGGUCUCACAUGGGGCCUUUUCGUAUCUGGUCAUUACGAGGUACAUCCACGGGUACAAAAUGUGACAGAGCCUGGUUUUUCCGAGGAGAUGUGGACAGCCGCGAGUUUGAUGACAAGAAAUCUUGCUACAUGCGGUGCAAAGCUGCAGGACCAAGCAAUCGGCCUGCUCAGAUAUGUGCCCAGCAUUAGGAGUUGGACAUUGAGUAAAAUUGGACAGCAGCGGGACUCCUCGUACGAACUGAGCAAUCUGCUUGCCUUCGAUAACAUGGGUGACGCUGCAGAUCAAAGGUGCAAAGUCGUCAAGAUGGUAUUCUCGCAGCCUGGAAAUGUUACUAGUGCACCACUUGUUUUCAACAUUAUCAGUGUCAAAGGGGGUAGCUUGAUGUGCACAGUGAGUUGGCAAGCUGGAGCCUUGGGCGUGCCAGUAGAGGAGGAAAUGGCAUUGGUUGAUGAUAUAUGCUCAUCAAUUCGUGCUGACUUCGAAGCCUUGAGAGAUCGAUAUGGCAGCUAG